UGUAGCGCCUGGUGAUUUCACGCUGUUAUCCUUGUUAUAUUUAAACUGAGAGGAUCAUUCAAAAUCUCGACAUCAUGAAGAACACUCCGAGAGCCUCUAUGACACAUUCAGUAGUUGGUAAGUGAGACCAGUAGGGGGUAGGAUCGUUUUCCCCUGAUCUCCAGCCUCCAUCAGCCCAAGUUCCGUCUCAGUGCUGCAUGAACGCACGGCGAGAGGGGGAGGACACUUCCCCUCUCCAGCAUCAAACGCGAGGGGUGCGCUUCAUCGCCUUAGGGGACUGGAUGGAUGGAGCGACAGGGUCAUGAAGGUGACCGCAACCUCUGGGUUGGAUUUAGGGGGCCGUUUCCGCAGAAGGAGCCUAUCCAUAAUUAAUAAGAACGAGUCGGAGAUCCUAGAACCGAAGCGCAACCACCGGCGAGUCAUGUCACCAACUGACAGCGCUUCCAGAGGAGCUGACGAGGAGGAUGAAGGAGGAUGAAGGAGGCAGAGGAGGAUUAUAAUGAAGCUGAGUGGCAAAGGACUGUGCACCAUCGUCUCCAGCAGUCUGCUCUUCGUGUGCGCCGUGAGCGCCGUGGUCGUGGGAUUCAAAUGCAUCGCGUUGGGCUCCAGUGUGCAAGCGCACUUUCACCUGGCCACCGCGGCCGGCGCGUUUUACUCGGGCAUCCUGGUGACUCUCGGGCAGGUCCUGAUUGGGGUGGCGCUGGUCUUUUGCCGGGGCAAGCCCAGGUGUGCGAAUUUCUUCCUCUUUGGGAUCUUAGUGUUUCUUUUGGGGGUCCUGACGGCGUUCUCCGGUGCGGUGGUGGAUGGCGACACGGUGUCCCUGGUGGAGAGGAAGUACGCGCACUAUUGCCAGAACUCUGUGGAUGUAAACCCUGCGUGCGACCGGCUCAAAGUGUACCAGCGGGGUCUGGUGGUCUCCACUAUUCUUAACACUCUGGAGUGCCUCCUGGGGCUGAUGAACCUUGUGAUCAUCAAGCGUUACCAAACGGCGCAGUUUCACCGGAGACGCCGGACGCAGAGGCAGAGCGCGCGGAUCGUGCUGAACGAGGAGCGCGACUUCACGGUCACGGAGUUCCAGCCGGUGUCCUACAUCAAUUUAGCGAUGUUUCGCGCGUUGGAGGGUGCAGACGGGGAGGUGCACAGCCGGGGCCACCCGUCCAUGGAGCUGCCGGGCUAUUCGCCCGCCAAUCCGGAGCUUAAUCACACGUACCCGUUUUCUUACCCGCUUCACAACGAGUUGCCACCUGCCUACGAGGACAUAUUCCCUGGAGAUGCGAGCAGCGAAUAGCAAAGAAGAGGAACCGAGUUGCAGUUUUGCAGUGACAAUCACGCAUUCGGCACGCUGAACUUGGAAUCAACACGAUUAUUUCUAUAUCACGGUGACCAGCUGUUGCCUAAUGUACUUUUUAAUUCAGUGGAGGUUACAGCCAGCGCUCUGAACAAACCCUACAGUUGUUCAUACACUACAAAACGAACCCAUGAGAAGGUAAACGUACUGAAAGGAUUGAAUAUACAUGCAAUCUUUUAUUUUUUUUUGACUGACCGAUUGUAUUCUCUGUUCAUCCCUUGUCUAAACCCCAAAGCUUUGUGUACAGGAUUCCCAUUGGACUUUUUGGAAUCUAAAGGAUACUGAUUUUCGUACAGUAUUCCAGCAGGGCACAAAACAUAAAGAAGUUACCAAUUGGGCAAAAAGAACAAACGAAACGGUGAACGUAGCUACUGGAAGUAUACAUGAAACAUUUUUUUCUUUUCUUCUUCUUUUUUUUUUUUUUUUGACCUUCUUGAUUGAUUGUAUUCCCAAACAAUCCUUAGUCAAAAUCCUAAAGGCUUGUGUACAGGACUUGUAUAGAUUUUUUUUUCUUCUUAUAUUUGACAACCCAACCAUAAAGGAUGUGUUUUAUAGGAUCUCAACAGGAGGCAAAACAAAAAGAAAUUCAGGAUAAAAAAGAGCCUAUGAUAAAAAUGAAAACUGAAAGAAAAUUAGUUUUCUGACUUUAGAACUAAUCAUUUACAACCAGAAUCAUAACUGUAAUCAUAAACCCCAGAAAAUUCCCAGUAGAGCCAUCAGGAUUUGCAACUGGAUAAAAUGCCCCUGUAGAUCAUCAAAAGUAUUCUGAAAUUCCAAAUAGCACUCUAAGAAUCAAAUAAGAAUUCCUGUAGGAUUUGUCCUUUAGGAUCAACACUAGGAUUGAGGUUUCAUUGGGAAUCCUGUACACUGUAUUUUUUUGACUAGGGAUGCACAUGUAUUUUCUCGAUGUGGCUCUCUUGUUUUCCCUCAUAUUGCUUUAUGUUUAGCUUCUGAAUAAAAGGUGUAUGUACUCUC